AUGGAUUCCACAGAAGACCCCCAGCUCCUUGAAAUCACAGCAUUACAGUCGAUAUACGCCGAAGACUUCAUCGAAUGUCCCCCUCCCAAAGCCUGGAAGGGAGCUGCCAGGCUCCACGAAUUCAUCAUCAGAGUUGCACACCCAGAACCCGACCAUGCGUCGAAGAUUAGCAUCCACCUACACGUAAAAUUUCCCAAGACAUAUCCACGCCUCGCAUGCCCAACUUUUACCAUCGAGAAGCCUAUCAAAGGUAUCAACGACACCCAGAUAAUGCGCUUAUCACAGGAGGUCAACUCGGAAGCACAGAGACUCAGGGGGUUCGAGAUGGUCUUUACCAUCGUGACCUUUGUGCAGGAUUGGAUGGCAAAGAACGUCACGCCUGUUGUCGGUUCGCUGGCCCUACAAAUGAACCAGCGCGCGAUGGACGAAGAACGGGCGCGCAGGCAGCGCGAGUUGGAAGAAGCACACCUCGAAGAGGAAAGAGCACAGCAAGCCGCACAAGCCCUGGAUGAGCAAAUUCAGGCAGACGCUAUGCGGCAGAUGCUCGCACGAGAGCAGCAGUACAAGGCUCGUCGACGCGCAAAUUCCGAAGCCACCGAGGUCCCCCAAAUGCUGGGAGAGACGGAAACUCCAACAGAGACAUUCCAGGAUAUGGAGAUGAAUGGCGUCAAGUUCAACACUGUCAAGCUUUUUCAUCCGCGAACAGUCCCUCUCGGCCUCGUUUACAUGGCGGAGCCUGUCGUGCACGACAUAACCUCCGUCACGCCCCUCGAAUUAUUCGUGGUCAACAUCCAAUCAACCUAUUACACCACGUCACAAGGGCGAAAGAAGCUCGCACAAGUGGAGGACGAGAUCAAGCACUUGAUCAACACCCGACACCCGAAGCUCCUCAGCGUCUACGCUGUCAAAUUGACAAUUCCGCGUUCCAGUGACAAUGGCCCGUCGCUGCUGGUAGUUUUGACGGAGCAGACACCAGCUUUGACGCUGCAUGACGUGCUGGAGGAUUGUGAGUCCCUUCGGGAAGAUCGGGCAACGGAUUACAUCGGCCAAGUACUAGCGGCUCUCAACGCAGUACACCUCAGCGGCCUUGUUCAUCGCGCCAUCACUCCACGAUGCAUUGGUCUCGUCUCAUCGAAAGACAGCCCCAAUCAACCCAAGACAAUCAAGCUCUGCAGAACAUCGUUCCAUACCCGUCUGCUCGAUCUCCACCGAUCGAACUCCUUCGGCGAAAACACCCCAAUGCCACCAACCAGCAACGUAGGAUGGGACGAAGCGUCGCUGAGUUCGAGCGGGAGUGGAAGUUUUCCAGAAGGGUGGUUGAGUCGAGACGUACAGAAUGAGAGCAGUUUGUUGUAUACGCGCCAAAGGGAUAUCCACGACGUCGGCAUUGUGCUGCUGCAGAUGGUGCUUGGAUUGGACGUCAUCGAAAGAUAUGCUGAUCCCGUUACGGCGAUACACUCUUCAUCGAUUUCGCCUAUCUUGGCCAACCAGGCGUUGGUCAUGAUCCAAGCAACGAAGAAGCUGACAGUCAUGAACCUCCUCUCGGACUUCAACGAUGGUAUCUCACAUAGCCCUUUAACCUCGAAAACCAUCCCUUCGUUCCUUAACGAUCCAAAAACCCCGAUGCCGUUUCAGUUUGGGUCGCCUGAAGGAGAUUAUUUCCGCGUGCCACCACCACCUGCAAAGGCGAAACAAGCGAGUAGAUGGAAGGAGGACUGGGAAGAGCUUGAGUUACUGGGCAAAGGUGCAUUUGGCUCGGUUGUGAAAGCGAAGAACAAGAUUGAUUCUCGAAUAUAUGCUGUCAAGAAGGUUCGCCUGCGCAACAUGCAGAGUGACAAGAUCUUCCGCGAGGUCAACGCGCUGAGCAGACUAUCGCAUCGGAACAUCGUUCGGUACUACACCACUUGGGUAGAGACGUCCGAGCCAGAUCCGGCAACCGCCUCCUCAGACGACUCUAGUCUGUCUGAUGGUACAGAAGAUGGCAUGACCUCCGUACCGGAUAGUUUCGGCGGACCCUCCCACAUCUAUCACGGAAAUGGCUAUGGCCAAAAUCAUCCCCGUAGCCCGCGCGAGCGCAACCUUCCUCCAAUCAAUGGCGGUUUUCAUAUCAGCAUCGAGGAUUUGGACGACACCUCCAUGUCGAGAUCGAGUUUCCCAAGUAUCCACUUCGGGCGGAGUACUGGUUCAGGAGACGAAGACAGCAGCGCUAGCAGUGGCAGCGAGGAGAGGGACGAAUUUUCCGGGCUCUUCAAGAGCAAGAGCAAAUCGGGACCGAGCUCGUUGAAGACGCCCGCGAAGAGCGAGCCGACCUUGACGAGGACUCUCUAUAUUCAGAUGGAGUUUGUCGAGCGCCAGACCUUGAGAGAACGAGUGGAUGAAGGGAUUUCGGAAGACGAAGCAUGGCGGCUUUUCCAACAAAUCGUAGACGCUCUUGUACACAUGUCCACUCUCGGUAUUCUUCAUAGAGAUAUUAAAUUGACGAACAUCUUUAUUGAUGCGAAAGGCGAUUGCAAAGUUGGAGAUUUUGGGCUUGCUACCUCUGCCUUAGCUGCAGUUGACCCUUCUGACGUAGCGUCUGCUGGCGCAGCCCGGGAACCAGACAUGACCCUUGAGGUUGGAACACGUCUUUACAUCGCUCCAGAAGUGCAAUUCAAUAAACGAGGUCAUCGUGGCCCACGCGACCAGUCGAAGGCGGACAUGUACAGCCUUGGAAUUGUCUUCUUCGAGAUGAAUUUCAAAUUCAAUACUGGAGUUGAGAGGAUAGUUGUUCUAGAAGACCUUCGCAAGCCUCCAAUUAUUUUCCCUAGUGGCUGGGAUCCCGCCAGAAUUCGCCAGAAAGACAUCAUCACCUGGCUCCUCCAACAUGAGCCCCAGAAACGUCCGACUGCGUUCGAGCUUUCGCAAAGCCCCUUACUACCGGCUCGCAUGGAAGACGAAUACUUCAAAGGCGCUCUGCGGCUGAUGGCCAAGCCUGACUCCCAAUAUCACCAAACUGUCCUUACCACACUCUUCAAGCAACCUCCUCGACCAUCCCGAGUGUUCAUCUAUGAUAUCGAGGUCGAGCCGCCGCAGUAUGCACUUCUCAAUGAGAAUGUCCAAGAAUGUCUAGAGAAGAUAUUUCAACUCCGUGGUGCCAUGAAUUAUGAGCCGCCCUUGCUCAUGCCCAUCAUGGACAUUGAAGAAGAGCGAAGCCAGGCGACCUUCAUCGAUCCACAUGGUGAUAUCGUUGCACUUCCGAACAACAUCCUGGUUCCGUUUGCUCGCCUUGCUGCACGGACAAACCAGAAGAGGAUCAAGCGUUAUCAUAUCACGAACGUUUUCCGCCCAAGUCCCGUUGCUGGGCACCCUAAAUCCCAGAAGGCGGCACUGUUUGAUAUCAUUAGCCCUGACCUUCGUUGGGGCCCUCUCGCGGCUGGCGCCGAGAUCAUUGCUCUAGCAAGCGACUGUCUUGAUAGCUUCCCAACGUUGUCACAACAUCACGAUAUCCACAUCUCUCAUUCGAAGAUUGUCGAGAUUGUCAUGAACAGGGUCCCAGCUGACGCGAGAUGUUCUGUAAUCGAAACCAUCCAGUCGCCCAAGUUGACUCCUGCUUUGAAAAGGGCUGCGUUGACGAAGAAGAAUCUGCUCAGGAGCACCAUAGAUGAAAUAGAGCUCCUUGCCGAAGUUUCCCUUGACAUUGAUGAGACUAUGGCUCGGUUGGGCAAAGUUUCGCCUAGCCUUGCGACUAUGAUCGAACCUGCCGUUCAAGAAGUCAAGGACACUCUCCAGCUAGCCAAAUCGGCCAAAGUCGCCCACCAGGUCCUCUUCCACCCCUUGAUGCUUGGUACCCAUCAUACGCAUUUCAAGGAUGGCGUCCUUGUGGAAGUCGUCAGGAAGAACAAGACAUCAGACGUUCUAGCCGCAGGAGGAAGAUAUGACAACUUGAUCUCUCGCUUCCUGCCCUUGAAGCAGAAACUCGAGCCGAAGCAGAAGUUCGAACCUGUCUGUGCCUAUGCGAUACAGAUCGCCGUGGAGAAGAUUGCAGCUGCCCUGGCUGCAUACCAACAUGUUUCAGUACACGCCCUGGUCAGUCAGCAGCGAUCGUUUGGCUACUGGAGCCCACGACGAUGCGACGUCUAUAUCGUCUCGUAUCAGCCGGGGUACCUCCAAGAUCGCCUCGAAGUUGCCUCCUUCCUGUGGCAGAACAACAUUAGUGCUGAUCUGAUGUACGAGACGGGUCUGCCAGAUGCUGAGCAUGAGAACCAUCUCGAGACCUGUGCAAGAGAGGGUAUUCUCUUCACCGUCUAUCCGCGUCCUCGCACUGCGAAGAACCUGCCUCCGUACAAGGUCAAGAGCAUCCUCAGAGGCACUGAAGUUGACCUUUCUCGUCAGCAGCUCGUAGGAUGGCUUCAACAGGCCAUAGCCGAGCAGAAGCGUGUCGAUAUGAGCACUUCUGGUGCACCUCUACUCCUGGCGGAGGUUGCGCCUGACAUGCCUACGACCAAGGACACCGCUGUCGACCCGCAAGUCAAGCUCGUUCUGCCAGAUCUCAAGAAGCAAAGGAAGACGAACAAGCAGAUUUUGUCCGACAAAGCUUUCGAGAAGGCCAAGGCGAUGAAAAACUCAUUCCAGAACGGCAUCUCCGUCCUCGCAGUGGAUGUUACUCCGGCUCAUUUUGACGCUUUGAUCAAGAAUUCCCACUGGGUCACGGACGAGGAAGCCUGGAAGGUCAUGAGUGCUAUGUUCCCCCUUCAGCACGCGGAAUAUGCGCCGCAAGUUCGUGAGGCAGCCCAGAAGCGCAAGGUGGAAGGUGAUGCCUACGUCCUGAUGUUCAACGUGCGGGAGGAGCGUGCUCAGAUUCUCGCUCUCAGCUGA